AGUGGCAGCUGUCUGGUAUAAAAAGGUUUGCUUUGUAGGUGCUGGAGAAGCAGAUGUCCUGCAGGUAUUUGUGCUCCAAUUAAUUACUUAAAUUAUUGUACUUCGUAUUUGACUUAAUGAAGGACAUAAUGAAGGAUAACUACCAACAACAGUGCCUCUCCUGAGGUAGCACCCAGUGCCCACACAGGUGCUGCCUUUUGCCAGCUGCUGCAGAGGCAGUAAAUUGGUCAAGGGAUGUCAAAGGUCAUUUUUCAGGGGGAAAUAGUGAUCUUACCCAAAAGUGGAGUGUGCCUUCCGUAAUAAGGAAUGCUUAACAGCAUGGGAUCUCAUCUCUAUACUCUGUCGCUCCCUUCCAUGUGCUGAUGUACCCUUCUUUCUAAAAGCCACCAAGCUUCACUGGAUCAAUGAGGCCUGAUCAAUUGUUUUUGCCUCUGAAUCAUCCAUAUGGGGUUGUUAGCUGAGCUGCUGGCAGAAAACGAGAGGCAGCUUUCUAUCUGUUUACUGUAAAGAAAGCGAAGCAAGCUACAGGAGGGGACAGGCUGCACAAUAUUUACUGUCAAUACAGCCAGAGAGAGAGAGGAGAUAUAAGGAGAGGGGAGGAGAGGGGAGCAGGGGUUGCAGACUGCAACCCCAGUGAAUGAUCUGAGUGUAAAAAUACCCAUGCAUUUUCAGAUGAAGAGUGGAUUAGUCAAAAAGGAAUAACUGAGAGCAUUUAAGAAAGGGUGUAAUGAAGGUCUAGCGAGGCAGGGACGUACUAGUGGCAUGCAGAGUAAUAAUGCUGUGCAUGAAUGUACUGAAGCUGCACUGCAAUCUGAAAAGCUCUUCCAGAUCUGCCCUGAGACAGAGCAGUUGCUGGGAUAUUUUUGUGUAUGCCUGCAUGCAAGAUCCACCAUUUAAAAGUAAUAGGAUGAAUAAUAACCAUUGAACUUAGAGAAUAAUAUUUGGAUAUAGUUUUCUGAAUGAGCUGGAUGUCACCAUUGCAGCUCAGACUAGAAAAAGAAAAUUAUUAAAAAUAGGCAUGCUUCCUUGCUUAUCUCUUCUCUUACGCAUCCACAGCACAGAGAUAUUAGGUGACUUGAGCUUCACAGGGCAAGAAGGCUCUGAGCAACUCUCUCUGAGUGUUCCUCUACUUCCAGAGGCAGGUGAACAAGUGAAGAGUGAAUUCACACUUUAAAGAGCAGCGAAGACCAUCUUGCCAUGAAACCAUUCACAGAUGAAGAUGUAGAAAUCUACAUCCAGAGCAAGGUGGAAAGGCGGCACUACCUGGUUUCCAAAGCAGUGGAGGAGGUACAGAAAAUCAUCCAGCAGCUGACCGCAGAAAUCAGCUACAAGGCUGUGCGAUUCCAGGCUAUCUCCAACUCUGGCAUUCACAAUGAGAACAUUAAGGAUCAGCCAGCUUUACUGGCCAAGUGGUCAGCUAUGCUUCGGAGGAAGCGCCCAUUCCACCCAUCCAUCCAGGUCUUAGCACCCAGCCAGUUCCUCAUCACAGUUCCUUUGCGUGGCCUGACCGGUUACAGGGAAUGCCAGGUACGGCACUGGCGCUAUUACACCGUGCAUGGAGCCAAGCUCCUCUCCUCCGUGCGGGACCCUGAGGAAUUGCAUCAGUGGCUGGAGGUGGAGCAGUUCUCAAAAAGCCUUCAGCAGUGGCAUGAAGAGGAUGUGAACAUCGAAGGUGAUCUGGUUCCAGCCAAAGUCCUUAUCGUCUUCCGGGAGCUGGUGGAGAAGUCGAUUGUCUCCUGUAACCUCUCCAGUAAAGUGACAGUGCUGGAGAGCUUCAGCUCAGUGGUCCGGGUGGCUGUGGAGACAUCAGAAUCUCAGGUUGAGGUGGAGCUGGUCCCUGCUGUGGAGAUUCCAACAUGCUGGCCCGAGAAAGCCCGGUGGCCUCGUUGCCUUAAGCGUUGGCCUUCUCAGGAAAAAGUGCAAUGCAUCAAGUCGCUGGGUUUCGACCUCCUAGCCCGCUCUAAUUAUCACUGGCAGCUGUGCUUCUCCCGUGCUGAGCACAUCCUCAUGGAGGGACUUGAUGAAGAUGGUGGUUGUCGCAGGAAGUGCUUCAGGGUCAUGAGGCAGAUGAAGGAAGAUGUCUGGUGUGCUGGGAAUAAGCCCGUCAUCACAGCUUAUCACCUUCAGACAGUGCUAUUCUGGACGUGUGAAAAAUACCCACGCACCAAGGAUUGGCGCUGCUUCCCUGAAGCCUUUCUGAGGCUGGUACAGAAACUGCACAAGUGUGUAAGCCAGCACUUCCUCAAGCAUUACUUUCUCAAGAACACCAAUCUGCUCAAAUAUGCCAACACCAGUGACCUGGACCUGGUGGCCAGCAAGCUGGCAGUCUUCUUGGAGAACCCUGUUUUCUGCCCGGACUAAGGCAGGCAAAGGUCUCACCCCAAGCCCGAGUGGAUCCCCCAGCUCCUCUCCCCACCUGUGGUUGCUCCCUGUGUCCUUCCAGUAGAUGCUGCAGCUGGCUCUGUGAGACAGUUGGCACAUGCAGUGCUAAAGAGAAGUGUCGAGCUGGCAGCGGUGGGCGGUGAAAACUGAUGGGAGGUAUCACUUGAUGCCCAGCUGAUCUAAUUUGCUUUCAACAGUGACAGCCUGCUUGGAAGCUACAGCCAGUGAAACCCGACUUUGUGUCUCAGUCAGAGCAGGCAACUGCCUUGUUCUGUGUCUCCAGUCUUGUGGCACCUAAGCUGAAAGGCAGCGCGAAGGAGUCUCGCUCUGCUGCCUCUGUAACCUAGCACAUGUAUUGUUGCUGCAGUCCCCUUUCUCACAAGGACAGCGGGUUUAAUUCCCUGCUUACCUCACAGGCCAGCUCUGCAGAGGGGCAGAGGAACAUUUCCAAAGUGUUCUGGAAGCUGGAAGCUUUCUCAGAAGAAAUUCAAUUCAGUGAGAUCCUGCUCCAGUAGGAAUCCAGUAGGAAUUUAACCAUGCUGCUAGUGUUAAAGAGCUCAAUGGAAGCAAGAAGAGGAACAGUGGGUUUUGCCUCUUCAUUUUUCUCUCCUCCACUUAUAUUUUUCUUCCAGUUGCUUCAAAUAUGUCUUUUCCAUGUUUGCCUUUGCCAGCUGUGUUAGUGCCAUACAAUAGGGGGCUUUGGCAGGGCAGAUUUCACUCCCAUCCCUGGCUCUACCCAGCAGUCUGGACGAGGAGCAGGUCUUUCCCUACUUCUUAACACCCACGUAUUUUUGGUUGCAGUGCAGAAGGAGAGUAUUUUUCAAAGGCUGUUAGCUCCAAGACUCCCAGUGCUUUUAUUUUUGUGGAUGUUUCAAAACAAAAUGGAUUUUAGUAUUUCAAAAGUACAGAGCUUUAGAAUUAAUAUAAAGGAUGCUGGGUUUAAUGUUAUUAAAUCCCUGAAACUAAACCAAGAUUGGGGGGAUUUGGGAUUUGGUUUGGUGGGGUUUUUUGGUCACAUCUGUGCAGGAAAGUAAACAAGUCCUUUGCCAAGGGGGCUGGCAGAGGUGGGAUUUGCAUCCCGUGCUCCAGGGAGCUGCAUGAGGCGCAUCCGCGGCACAGCAUCUCCCCGUCGUGGCAGAGUGCGGUACAGCCACGGUUCUCCAGCACAGCCUCCGCCUCUGGAGCAGGCUAUCUUCUACAGUUUUUUGAGAAGAGCACAUACGGGUCAGGAAGGAUCCCAGCUGUGUGGUCCUGGUCUGGUUGUGGUCCUGUGUCCUGCAUCAGAUCUCACCGUGUAUAGACCUGAUCCCACCGUGUAAACCCGCACCCGCCUUGCUUCAACCUCGGAAUACUCUGCAAGUCACCUCGCCUUCCCGCAUGGGUAACUGCGUUGUGUGGAACUGUUUCGAACAGUUAACUUCUCUUGCUAAACCUUUGUUCUCCAGGCCCCCUAAAUGGGACUCAAGAGUCAGUUUCAUGAUGACACCUCCUGUUCAAGUGUGGCUUUCCUGUUUCCUGUGAGCUGAGCUGUUCCAGUGACGCGCAAGGAGAUGCCAGUCUGCCAGGCAGAGUCAGACAGCUGUGGCAAUGAAGUAAUGUCUCCUGUUUCAUCUUGAUUUUGUCUCGUGGUUAAAGGGCUGGCUUCUGAAGUUAGAGGAGGGCAAAACCAAUUCAAACUGUUUGAGGACAGUGCAAAACAUUCAGAGCUGUUAAUCCCAAAUUUAAUAUUUUACUGCUCUGAAGUAUGGUUCUUGUGGGAUUUAGUUGUGGCUGUUGAAGAAUUUCUCUCCCUUUAUAGCUGUGUGAAAAAAAGUGUUUCAGUGGUUAUACCUUAACUUGGAUGCAGCUGUGUGUCAGAGUCCUCAGCUGCAGGGGUUCACAGCCUGCUGUGAAGCAAAACCAUGGGCAUGCACCGUGUGCUGCACAGCCAUGACAUGGAAUGUUCCGCUGCUCUGCCAGAGUGGCAGCCUCUUACAGCCAGGAAUGACUCAGCAAAGCCAGGAAACAAGCACAGAAUGAUGGACCCUUGCUUUGAGCCAAGUCUGAUCAGUUUUUGCUCUGUUUUCUUCUUGUUUACACAAGCAAAUGCAUCAGCUAGCAUAUGCUGCUGCAGGAAGUAUCCUUGCCACCACUGAAACAUGGAAGGUACAUUACUACUAACCACAAAGACACAGGAACAGUCCUGCAGCUUUUUCUCCACAACUGCAAAAUGUAAUACAGCUGGCCACUGGCAAAGGGAAAAGGCUUUGAGGAAAGGACUAAUGUGUUCAUGUAAGCAGUUGAAUACAAUAAUUAAUUCCUUUCAGAGGUAUCUUUGAGAUACAAUCUCACAUUGUCUCAUGCCUGUCUGCUUGAGUGUGUGGGGUUUGCUUGUAAGGCAGUUUUUUGUGGUUGUGAGAGAGUUGUGCAGGAGGUCUCUUAUUAAACAAACCAAAGUUGCCAAAUAUAUUUAUCACAUUUCUUACCACAGUAAACUUUCUGCAAAUAGCUUUUCACUUACACACCAAGUCUGACUGCAAAAUCAUGGCCUCAUCCCAAGAUUUUCCUCCAAAAAGAGAUACCACAUUGUGUUUUGGCUACAGAAUAAGUUUUAUGUUUUUCAUAUUUAUAAUUUUUCUUUUUUAAAAGUGAGCAUCUGGACAAAUAUAGAUUUUUUUGCAGUAAGUUUAAUCAAAAGUUCUUUGUUCAGAAUGUCUGGAAGGAAUGUGAUGACCAUUUUCUCUCCCUCUCUUUUUCAUUGCUUUUGUGAGUAUUUGCUGCAUUCUCAGCCCUUGCCACAGUCAGCAUUGCUCCAUCUGUCAGAAGUUUCAAUUGAAUGUGUUGCUCUGACAAAUAAAACUGUACAAAACUCUUGA